AGAAACUCUUUCCCAAUCCACUCAAUUCCAACUUAAUUUAGUUAUUCAAAGCUUUAUCUCCUCACAAUUCUCUCCCCCUCAUAAUUACAUAUAUAUAAAAAGCCCUCAAAACCAUUCUAAACAAUCGGGCUUUGUUUGUAGGUGAAUGACCACAUUAAUUAAUUAAUAUUAUUAAUGAUUAAGAAGAUGACUAAUCCCAAAGCCUCCUCCUCUUCUAUUCUCUUCAUGCUCGUUGCCAUUUUCUUAUUCUCUUCAUUAUCAUCAUCCUUAGCUUUCAACAUCACAAAACUCCUUGGCCAAAAUCCUGAGCUUAGUACAUUCAACAACUACUUAACUCAGACAAAGCUUAACGAUGAGAUCAAUCGUCGCCAAACUAUCACUGUCCUCGUUGUCGAUAACUCCGCCGCAGCUUCCCUCUCCGGUAAGUCACUCGAUGUAAUUAAGAAAAUCUUAAGCGUUCAUGUGAUUUUGGAUUACUACGAUGUUGAGAAAAUUACCAAGCUUACUACCUCAAAAAAGACAUCUACCGUCACUACUCUCUUCCAAGCCUCCGGCUCCGCCGUUGAUCAAGAGGGUUUUCUCAAAGUCGCGCUGAUCAACGAGGGUGAGAUCGCCUUCGGCUCUGCCGUAAAGGGUGCCUCUCUAAACGCCAAGUUAGUCAAAUCUGUGGCCGCGCAGCCAUUCAACAUCUCCGUUCUACAGAUCACUGCGCCGGUCCAAGUACCGGGCAUUGAGUCCAGCCCAUCACCACCAUCUCCAAAGGCAGCUACGCCUUCUGCGGCUCCCAAAAGGGCUCCCGCCCCGUCAAACAAGUCCGGGGCUGCUCCUUCCCCAUCCAAAAAUUCUGGGGCCAAUACUCCCGCCACUGCACCUAGUACUGCUGAUGCACCGGUUGCCGAUACGCCGACAACAGCCGCAACUUCGCCUGCGCCUGCUGCUGAUGAACCCGUUGCUGAUAAUGCCCCAGUGAGUUCGGCUCCUCCGCAAGCUGAUGCUGCAGCUGAUCCACCGGUUUUGUCGAAUUCCGGGGUGGUGAGGCAGGGGAUGAAGAUAGGUAUUGUGGCGGCGGCAUUGAUGUUGUGGUUGGUUGUUUAAAUUGUUUAGUGUGUAAGUGAUGGUAUAAUAAAAUCAUGUAUAUGAAGAGGAUAGAAUAUUGGUAUGUGAAAUGUGAAUGUACGUAUAUAAAAAUUAAUUAUAUUUAUUUCUAUAUAUAAGCUAUGAGCACAUUUAUUUGGAAA